UUAGGAGGAAACCGUCGUUGGGUGCCCCUGAUUCGGGGGCACACAGUCAGCGACUUUUUUUCUGUAAAAGAACUAUUCGAAGGGGCAAACUAUUGGAGACAAAUAAACUAACUUCCGAGUUAGGAUUUCGAGUUAGAUUUCGAGCUGGAUUUUCGAGAUAGGAAUUUGAGUUGGAUUUUCGAGUUAGGAUUUCGAUUUGGAUUUUCGAGUUGGAUUUUCGAGUGAGGAUCUCGAGUUGGAUUUCGAGUAAGGAUGUAGAGUUGUUUUUUUUUUUCGAGAUGGUUACUAGUAAUCCAGCUGCAAUGAAUCGGCUAGUUUGUCCGUAAACCGUCUCGUAGAUGUCCAGUGCAAUGCAGUCAACAAAAGAAUUCCUGUAGGGGUGGGGUUGGUAUUUUGCCUUUUUAUUCUGCGACAUCAUUAUAUAAAGUAUACAUGAAGGAAGAGGUAAGACAUUGAGUCAUACAUAACGUCAUUUCCAAAAUACGAUAACCGGACGUACUCUAGAAUAUGAUUUUUCUUGUCAUAUCUAUUCCGGUGGUACAAAUUUAGAAAUCGCGUUAAGAAUUAGACACAACAAAAGGCAAAUAUAUAAAUCCUAUAAUUCCAUUAUAUUUUGAAUACCAACAAAUGGCUCCAAUGCUGCUUUACAGACCUUUCCUAGCUUCUUCCCUUGGCGGACACCAAGCAUAUAUUCAUAGAAAUAUUUGUUCAUUUAUUUAUUUAUUUAUUUAUUUAUUUAUUUGUUUAUUUAUGGGGCAUCGAAUUUUGCAUCUGGCUAAGAGCACGGGUGGUUCACGAGAUGCGCGCGCGCUUCGCGCUCGACGAGAUUAUAAACUCGCUUCGCAAGAAUUAUCGUCCAUCUCCCUAAACAUCCAAGGAAGCUUUUCUUUUUCUCUUCUUUUAUUUUUCUAUAUAUGUUUAUGUUUAAUUAUCAACUAUAUAAUGAUACCCUAAAACUUAAAAUCCGUUUAAAAUUUGAACAUAACUGCUUGCGCUUCCAAUUAAACCACAACAUAUCAGGCACGAUCUCUAGCGAUGCACGAUUCAAUUCAAAAAUAUUUUUUCAAUCUUUUUCAGAUAUAGACGAGUGUGAAACCAGCAUCCAUUCAUGUGAUGUCAAUGCGUUUUGUAACAAUACCAUUGGAUCUUAUAUUUGCACUUGUAAUCCUGGGUACUUUGGAAAUGGAAAAUCGUGUCUUGGUAAAACCUUAAACUAAUCGUCUUGCAGAGUUCAUCACACUAUGCAGUGCCAGUCCCUUUUUCCUGUUGCCUUUAUUAGCUUUGAUUCUGAUAUCCAGCAAACCCCUUUAAUUCUCUGCUUGCAGCUAAAAUGUUUUUGCGUACCUCUGAUCUCGAGUUGUCGCCUCCGCAGUUGAUUUCAGCAGGUGGUGGUCUCUUUUUUCCACAAAGUAGUUUUGGGUUUUCGUAUCCGACAGUGUCGUACUUAGUUGUCUUAGUUGCUUUCGAGGUUUGUGUUUCACCAUAGGGCGUUUUGUAAUUAGGAGCGGUCUUGUUAACUUACGGUAAUUUUGCAAUAAACUGGUUUUGAGGUCCUUGCUGACCCAGAGGCCCCCCGCAUUUAUUCUUGGGUGGGUGUCUUUCUGGGUAGUGUAGGCAAAAUGCAAUAUUUGUUUGGAUUUGUUUUUUUUUUCUUUUUAUCUUCAUACAUUCUCUCCCUUCAGAUAUUAACGAGUGUACCACUAAUGUCCAUAAUUGUGAUGCAAAUGCUUUCUGUGAUAACACUGAUGGAUCUUACACCUGCGCAUGCAGCCCUGGAUAUACUGGAAAUGGAACAUCCUGCGCUGGUAAAUUAUCAACGCAUUUCCAUUUUUAAGCGACCAUAUAUUAUUGCUAUUAAAACUGGGGGAGCGGGGUAGGACAGGGCGGGGGGCAGUGUAAAUUACGUCUCUGCUCCGUUAUAAGCAAUAUUUGUUUGGGUUUGUUUUGAUUUGUCUUAACAUCUAAGGUUGCUGAACACAAUUUCUCUAAAUCUGAUUUAUCCCUUUACUGUGUAUUUUAACAAAUUUAACAUUACAUAAAGAAAAAGAGGGAGGAAAGGCUGAUAAAAAGUUUAACAGAAAAUAAUGUUUUUGUCGCCUUUGACAUAUCACGUGACCUCAGCGCGGGCCUGUUGAACUAGAGCUGAACAUGCGUACUUUCGUAAGCAACGUAAAUAAACUACAAUAUCUUUAAAUCUACUCAUUAAAAUGUGACGAAAUUUGACAGAAAUCCUGUUCAUGUCACGCUCAAGCCAAUAAAAGCGUCAAAAUAUCUUUUCAACAAAGGAGUUUUGUGACAAAAUCAAGAUUUCCAUAAAGGCUAUUUUCUUGAAGAUUUUAAAAAACUGUUCGUUACAAUUUUGGUCAAGUGGUUUCUAAAAGAUGAGGGUUACUAAUCGAAAGCUGUGUUCAAUUUUCUAAGAAAAUCCAAUGACUGAAUUUUGCUUAAACCUAAUAAAUUGAAAUUUUUUGGCUUGUUGUCAAACUUCCAUGUUGCCAUGGCAACAAUCCAAGUCUCACUUUUAACUUAAUAAAUGUCAUGUCUGAUAAAUAUAGAUUGUCUGAUGUGCUGAAUCAAAAUUUUAGCGUUAUACCCGCAAUGAGUCUUAAAUAAAACCCCAAUAAUUGGUUAUGAUCCACAACCUAUCAAACUGUGUUCAGGCACCUUAAUUCUCUCCUUUCAGAUAUUAACGAGUGUACAGCCAAAGGCCAUAACUGUGAUGCCAAUGCUUUCUGCAAUAACACGCAGGGGUCUUAUAACUGCACAUGCAGCCCUGGAUACACUGGAAAUGGAACAUCAUGCAUCGGUAAAUCAUCCUGCCUAAUGCAUGUAAAAUUAUUUUAGCGAGGUGCAAGAAAGAAGCAGUACCCCAUAAAUGCAUUAAGUAAUUCUCCAAACAUAUCUCUCAGCGUACUUAUGGAAGCCCAUCUGAUAAAGUACAAGCUAUUUCUUGGAAAACGCACCCUGUUGUUUGAAUCUUAUAAGCGGCCACCUCCCGUAUGAGACCACUUACACUUGCAUCUUGUUUGGUCGCUUAGCGAGAAGCUUGACUGUAUGUUAAGAAGUCCGAAAGAGAAGAACCCCAUACAUAGAAACGUUCCUUAUCCAAGGCUUAUUAUUUCAUUCAUAGACAUCGUUCUGCUGAAAAUACCUUCCUUUUAGAUAUAACAAGUGCAUACUGGAAAUGAAACAGCAUACACCGGUAUAUCAAAAAUCGUUUCUGCUGCAGUAUUGGAAUUAUGUUUCGUUGAUCCGGUUUGCCCGCAUCAUCUUAAAUACUUUCUUAAUACUUCUUUCCUUUCAGAUAUUAACGAAUGUACCACUAACAUCCAUAACUGUGAUGCCAAUGCUUUCUGCAAUAACACUCAGGGGUCUUAUAACUGCACAUGUAGCCCUGGAUACACUGAAAAUGGAACAUCAUGCAUCGGUAAAUCAUCCUGCCUAAUGUAUGUAAAAUUAUUUUAGUUAGGUCCAAGAAAGAAGCAGUACCCCAUAAAUUAAUUAAGUAAUUCUCCAAACAUAUCUCUCUUAAACUGUGUUCAGGAACCUUAAUUCUCUCCUUUCAGAUAUUAACGAGUGCACAGCCAACGUCCAUAACUGUGAUGCCAAUGCUUUCUGUAAUAACACUGAGGGAUCUUAUAAAUGCACGUGUAGCCCUGGGUACGAUGGAAAUGGAAUUUCUUGCACCGGUAAAUUAUCAUGACCAAUACAUUUUUUUUUAAAAAAAAGCAAUGUAUGUAUUUUAACUCUUUGAUUUUUUUUAUUUCAUUUCAUUUCAAGUUUCGUUUUUCUUUUUAUGUUUUGCUUUUGUUUAUGUUUUUGCUUUUUUGGGGGGUGAGGGAGCUUAAAAUCGUUUGAGCUGCAGUAUUUGAAUUAUGUUUCGUCAAGAGCCAUUAUGGCUCUUGGUUUCGUUGAUCUGUUUUGCCCGCAUCAUCUUUAAUACUUUCUUAAUAAUUCUUUCCUUUCAGAUAUUAACGAGUGUACCACUAACGUCCAUAUAUAACUGUGAUGCCAAUGCUUUCUGCAAUAACACUCAGGGGUCUUAUAACUGCACAUGCAGCCCUGGAUACACUGGAAAUGGAACAUCAUGCAUCGGUAAAUCAUCCUGCCUAAUGCAUGUAAAAUUAUUUUAGCGAGGUGCAAGAAAGAAGCAGUACCCCAUAAAUGCAUUAAGUAAUUCUCCAAACCUAUCUUCCUCAAACUGUGUUCAGGCAACUUUAAUUCUCUCUUUUCAGAUAUUAACGAAUGUACAGCCAAAGUCCAUAACUGUGAUGCCAAUGCUUUCUGCAAUAACACUCAGGGGUCUUAUAACUGCACAUGUAGCCCUGGAUAUACUGGAAAUGGAACAUCAUGCAUCGGUAAAUCAUCGUGCCUGAUGCAUGUAAAAUUAUUUUAGCGAGGUCCAAGAAACAAGCAGUACCCCAUAAAUGCAUUAAGUAAUUCUCCAAACAUAUCUCUCAGCGUACUUAUGGAGGCCCAUGUGAUAAAGUACAAGCUAUUUCUUGGAAAAGGCACCCUGUUGUUUGAAUCUUAUAAGCGGCCACCUUCCGUAUGAGACCACUUACACUUGCAUCUUGUUUGGUCGCUUAGCGAGAAGCUUGACUGUAUGUUAAGAAGUCCGAAAGAGAAGAACCCCAUACAUAGAAACGUUCCUUAUCCAAGGCUUAUUAUUUCAUUCAUAGACAUCGUUCUGCUGAAAAUACCUUCCUUUUAGAUAUAACAAGUGCAUACUGGAAAUGAAACAGCAUGCACCGGUAUAUCAAAAAUCGUUUCUGCUGCAGUAUUGGAAUUAUGUUUCGUUGAUCCGGUUUGCGCGCAUCAUCUUAAAUACUUUCUUAAUACUUCUUUCCUUUCAGAUAUUAACGAGUGUACCACUAACAUCCAUAACUGUGAUGCCAAUGCUUUCUGCAAUAACACUCAGGGGUCUUAUAACUGCACAUGCAGCCCUGGAUACACUGGAAAUGGAACAUCAUGCAUCGGUAAAUUAUCCUGCCUAAUGUAUGUAAAAUUAUUUUAGUUAGGUCCAAGAAAGAAGCAGUACCCCAUAAAUUAAUUAAGUAAUUCUCCAAACAUAUCUUUCUUAAACUAUGUUCAGGCACCUUAAUUCUCUCCUUUCAGAUAUUAACGAGUGCACAGCCAACGUCCAUAACUGUGAUGCCAAUGCUUUCUGUAAUAACACUGAGGGAUCUUAUAAAUGCACGUGUAGCUCUGGGUACGAUGGAAAUGGAAUAUCUUGCACCGGUAAAUUAUUAUGACCAAUAGAUUUUUCACAAAAAAAAAAGCAAUGUAUGUAUUUUAACUCUUUGAUUUUUUUUAUUUCAUUUCAUUUCAAGUUUCGUUUUUCUUUUUAGGUUUUGCUUUUGUUUUUGUUUUUGCCUUUUUGGGGGGUGGGGGAGCUUAAAAUCGUUUGAGCUGCAGUAUUUGAAUUAUGUUUCCUCAAGAGCCAUUAUGGCUCUUGGUUUCGUUGAUCUGUUUUGCCCGCAUCAUCUUUAAUACUUUCUUAAUAAUUCUUUCCUUUCAGAUAUUAACGAGUGUACCACUAACGUCCAUAACUGUGAUGCCAAUGCUUUCUGCAAUAACACUCAGGGGUCUUAUAACUGCACAUGCAGCCCUGGAUACACUGGAAAUGGAACAUCAUGCAUCGGUAAAUCAUCCUGCCUAAUGCAUGUAAAAUUAUUUUAGCGAGGUGCAAGAAAGAAGCAGUACCCCAUAAAUGCAUUAAGUAAUUCUCCAAACCUAUCUUCCUCAAACUGUGUUCAGGCAACUUUAAUUCUCUCUUUUCAGAUAUUAACGAAUGUACAGCCAAAGUCCAUAACUGUGAUGCCAAUGCUUUCUGCAAUAACACUCAGGGGUCUUAUAACUGCACAUGUAGCCCUGGAUAUACUGGAAAUGGAACAUCAUGCAUCGGUAAAUCAUCGUGCCUAAUGCAUGUAAAAUUAUUUUAGCGAGGUCCAAGAAACAAGCAGUACCCCAUAAAUGCAUUAAGUAAUUCUCCAAACAUAUCUCUCAGCGUACUUAUGGAAGCCCAUCUGAUAAAGUACAAGCUAUUUCUUGGAAAACGCACCCUGUUGUUUGAAUCUUAUAAGCGGCCACCUCCCGUAUGAGACCACUUACACUUGCAUCUUGUUUGGUGGCUUAGAAUACGAGAAGCUUGACUGUAUGUUAAGAAGUCCGAAAGAGAAGAACCCCAUACAUAGAAACGUUCCUUAUCCAAGGCUUAUUAUUUUAUUCAUAGACAUCGUUCUGCUGAAAAUACCUUCCUUUUAGAUAUAACAAGUGCAUACUGGGAAUGAAACAGCAUGCACCGGUAUAUCAAAAAUCGUUUCUGCUGCAGUAUUGGAAUUAUGUUUCGUUGAUCCGGUUUGCCCGCAUCAUCUUAAAUACUUUCUUAAUACUUCUUUCCUUUCAGAUAUUAACGAGUGUACCACUAACAUCCAUAACUGUGAUGCCAAUGCUUUCUGCAAUAACACUCAGGGGUCUUAUAACUGCACAUGCAGCCCUGGAUACACUGGAAAUGGAACAUCAUGCAUCGGUAAAUUAUCCUGCCUAAUGUAUUUAAAAUUAUUUUAGUUAGGUCCAAGAAAGAAGCAGUACCCCAAAAAUUAAUUAAGUAAUUCUCCAAACAUAUCUUUCUUAAACUAUGUUCAGGCGCCUUAAUUCUCUCCUUUCAGAUAUUAACGAGUGCACAGCCAACGUCCAUAACUGUGAUGCCAAUGCUUUCUGUAAUAACACUGAGGGAUCUUAUAAAUGCAGGUGUAGCCCUGGGUACGAUGGAAAUGGAAUAUCUUGCACCGGUAAAUUAUUAUGACCAAUAGAUUUUUCAAAAAAAAAAAAGCAAUGUAUGUAUUUUAACUCUUUGAUUUUUUUUAUUUCAUUUCAUUUCAAGUUUCGUUUUUCUUUUUAUGUUUUGCUUUUGUUUUUGUUUUUGCUUUUUUGGGGGGUGGGGGAGCUUAAAAUCGUUUGAGCUGCAGUAUUUGAAUUAUGUUUCGUCAAGAGCCAUUAUGGCUCUUGGUUUCGUUGAUCUGUUUUGCCCGCAUCAUCUUUAAUACUUUCUUAAUAAUUCUUUCCUUUCAGAUAUUAACGAGUGUACCACUAACGUCCAUAACUGUGAUGCGAAUGCUUUCUGCAAUAACACUCAGGGGUCUUAUAACUGCACAUGCAGCCCUGGAUACACUGGAAAUGGAACAUCAUGCAUCGGUAAAUCAUCCUGCCUAAUGCAUGUAAAAUUAUUUUAGCGAGGUGCUAGAAAGAAGCAGUACCCCAUAAAUGCAUUAAGUAAUUCUCCAAACCUAUCUUCCUCAAACUGUGUUCAGGCAACUUUAAUUCUCUCUUUUCAGAUAUUAACGAAUGUACAGCCAAAGUCCAUAACUGUGAUGCCAAUGCUUUCUGUAAUAACACUCAGGGGUCUUAUAACUGCACAUGUAGCCCUGGAUAUACUGGAAAUGGAACAUCAUGCAUCGGUAAAUCAUCGUGCCUAAUGCAUGUAAAAUUAUUUUAGCGAGGUCCAAGAAACAAGCAGUACCCCAUAAAUGCAUUAAGUAAUUCUCCAAACAUAUCUCUCAGCGUACUUAUGGAAGCCCAUGUGAUAAAGUACAAGCUGUUUCUUGGAAAAGGCACCCUGUUGUUUGAAUCUUAUAAGCGGCCACCUCCCGUAUGAGACCACUUACACUUGCGUCUUGUUUGGUGGCUUAGAAUACGAGAAGCUUGACUGUAUGUUAAGAAGUCCGAAAGAGAGGAACCCCAUACAUAGAAACGUUCCUUAUCCAAGGCUUAUUAUUUUAUUCAUAGACAUCGUUCUGCUGAAAAUACCUUCCUUUUAGAUAUAACAAGUGCAUACUGGAAAUGAAACAGCUGCACCGGUAUAUCAAAAAUCGUUUCUGCUGCAGUAUUGGAAUUAUGUUUCGUUGAUUCGGUUGCCCGCAUCAUCUUUAAUACUUUCUUUAUAAUUCCUUCCUUUCAGAUAUUAACGAGUGUACCACUAACGUCCAUAACUGUGAUGCCAAUGCUUUCUGCAAUAACACUCAGGGGUCUUAUAACUGCACAUGCAGCCCUGGAUACACUGGAAAUGGAACAUCAUGCAUCGGUAAAUUAUCCUGCCUAAUGUAUGUAAAAUUAUUUUAGUUAGGUCCAAGAAAGAAGCAGUACCCCAUAAAUUAAUUAAGUAAUUCUCCAAACAUAUCUUUCUUAAACUGUGUUCAGGCACCUUAAGGUAUCAGCCACCCUUAAAAUUGCCAUUUUUCCAUAUUUGAGGUUUCAACGUUUUCAAAUAGAUAUGCUUGAGAGCUUUCUUUAAAAAAAAAAUUAGAAGAAAAUAUUAUUUCUGUCGAAAGAUAUCGGGGGUAAAAGAUUUUUUCUCGUUAAUUAUCUUAAUUGAUCGUUGACAAGAUCUGUCAUACCCGUGUAAUAUAUCAAUUAACUUGCCCGUGAACUUGUAACGUGAUACCGAGUGCGUGCUUCGACACAACACGUGCGAAUUGUCUUCGCGUUGUUUAUAACCUUUAGUAUUGUCCGUGGAUAUUUAGCGUUUGCCGCCAAAAAAAAAGAAAAUUUCGUCAUCGAAACCGAGAGCGAAAAAGAAAUCGAAGAGCGAGUUUGACAAAGAAUGGGCCGCAAAAUUGGCAGAGAGCGACAAAGGCUCAUUUUAUCAGCAAGAGAAGUGGCUCGAGGAGUUGGAUAUUCAGAAAAGCGAAAAUGUUGCAGUUGCUGAUCAUGAGAGUGCAAGCCGCUCCAAAAUCCAGCUUGAAGAGCCAGAUGAAGAAAGCCAAUUAAGCUCAUCUACCCCAUCUGCUGAUGGAACGUGGAAAACAAUAAGCGGUCGAGCUAUCGUAUCGAGCGAAAAGCUGCUUGAGAAACUGGACGAGUCCGUAUCUUGUCGAUUUUGCCAGGGAAGAGUCCAAGUCAUGGAAAAUGUAGCGACUAAGCAUGGACUUGGUUCUACCUGGAGAAUCCAGUGCGAGAAUGAAAGCCGUCCGUCGCACAAGAAAAAUUCUGUUUUUAGUUCUUCCGAGAAGAGCAGAGCGUUUGAAAUAAACCGGGCCUCAGUUCUUGGCCUUCGAGCAAUCGGUGGUGGACAUUCGGCGGCUUCAAAGUUUUUUUACUUUCCUCGGCCUGGCGCCGAUCGACAAAAACGCCUGGGCGGAUCAUACAAAAAAGAUCGAAGGAGAGGCAAACCUUGUGCUCGAGAAAGAAUUAAACCGUGCUUCUCGUGGUGUAAAAGAGUGGAAGUUUUCCAACGGAGAAUUAAACUGUUCCCUUGCUUGCCGCGAAAGUUUGUUCCUGUUACAUGUUACCUGUCAAAGUCCUAUUGUUAGAGAAAAUUGAUCCCUCUCUGAUAUCAAUCAGAAUAAAGAUUUAGGUGUUAUAAUCUCAUUCCAGGUAGGAUGCCGCCAAAAAUGUAUUUUCUAUUUUAUCUCCGAACGCAAAUUUUGCCGAUCGACUCGUACGUUUUGAACUCCAAGUCGGCAGCCUUUCAAUCAAUUUGGCUAAAAUUUGGCCAGAGUGAUGCCAUAUAUCUCUUCUACAAAACCAUGUCUGCGAAUUUUAAUACUCCUUUUCAUUUUAAAGCUAGAGCUUUUUUUCCACGGGGAGUGUUGACUAAUUGCCUUUCCCAACUUCAUUUGCUAAUAAAAGAAAAACAAACGCACUUGUCAAAAAUCUGGGACACGGUUUUUUAGUGGAACGUGUUGAGAAGCGAAUGCGGUGUCAAUUGUUUUCUUCCGUUUAUUUCCGGCGGGAGUGGAACAUGAUUUAUAGAGAAGUGUACUUUUACACAAAACGUUCCAAUUUCGAAACACAUUUAAGUAAAUCGUUUUUGUUAGUUCAAAUCCAUAAUCUAGAAUUAUUAAGCUUUUAAAAAAUAUAUGGUUUAUAGGGGUUUUUAUAAAAACAACUAACGCUACAGCGAUCCGCGCGCGGACGGUCCUGAAGGGUGGCUGAUACCUUAAAAAAAGCUUUGUAGAGGGUCAUCUGUAAAAAAAAUGAAUAAUUUAGUGCUCGGUUGGAAGAGGUCGGACCGCGUUGACAAGGAUGCACUUCAAACCUGUUAUCUUUCUCGUGACGUGAAUGCUGUGUGCACUAACACUGCAGGAUCCCAUCUUUGUGCAUGCAAAUCUGGUUACUCCGGGGAUGGAAUCACUUGCUGUGGUAAUUAUUAAGACAUAAAUGUUGGUCGAGGGACUUAUAUUCUUUUUGAAGCUAUUUUAUUAUGUAUUUAUUAAUCCUGUCGCUUGUUGCGGGUGAUGCUUGCUCCAUCCAUGAUAUAUCAUUUUAAAAAGUAACAACCAGUGGUUCUCAUUAGCAGUAAUAGCUGACACUAAAGCUGCCCUCCCCCCUUCCCCCCCCCCUCUUUGAAAUAUACCGAUUCAUAUUAAUUACUGAAUACGUUUUGGUCUUCACAACCUUCAUCAGUUAUAAAAUAGCUCGUAUGGAAAACUCUUAAAUACAAGGAACAAGAGAAUGAUCAUUGCACGAUUACCUAACGAACUAAAACGCAAGAGAACCAUAGCUCUUUUGAAAGACUAUCGCAUCGCGAUAACAAGGAUGCACCUUAAACUUAAUUUCUUUCUCCCCUCAGAUAUAGACGAAUGCACUACCAAAACUGACAACUGUGACGUGAAUGCCGCGUGCACUAAUACUGCUGGUUCCCACUUGUGUGCAUGCAAGUUUGGUUCCUCCGGUGAUGGAAUCACGUGCUAUGGUAAUUAUUAAACAUAUAAAAUUAAAAGUUAGGGAAGACAUGUUUAUUGUAAUUUCUUUUUAUGCAAGUUGUAUGUACAUGAAGACUGAAGUUUUGUGCGGCUGAUGCGUACUCCAUGAUUUAUAUCUUUUAUUUUAUUUUACAUACAUAUAUGUAUUUUUUAUCAAUUUCAAUUGCAGCAAUUAUGUAAUUAUAGUAAUAAUUAGAUUCUACCAAACGUGACUAAGUCUACUCAAGAACCCAUGCCCAUGCUACCGCGGUUACGCAGAUGUAGAUUUUCAGACUGACUUUCUAGUCAACAAAGCCUGGAGACCAAUUAAUAGUAUUUUUUGAUGUAUUGAUGAUGGUGACUUAUUUUUAGAGCGUGUUCACUUUAAUACGUGACCAGCAUCUAUGCAAAUUUAUUCAACAAAAGAAAGCUUUAUAUAAGAAAAGAGUUCAACUCCUACAGGACUGGUUUGAAACAGCCAACAUGACGGCCGUUCCAUUGUUUUGGAACACCAAUAUGGCCGCCAUGCGAUCAUGUGAAAACGCUCUAUUUUCGUAUUUCUUAUACUUAUCGGAUGCGCGCACAUACGAAGCGGGGCUUCCAUUUUCGCUUGAAAAAGUAUUCCAAACUCAUGCUAAAAAUAAACUGAUCUAUUGCUUACGCUAAGUAUGCGAGUCGCACGCUUCGGGCUUCGGAAUAUGGGCAUCAGAUUGUCCUCCUGUUUCUGAAAUGUUUUUAGGUCGAUUGUCUUGAUAUUCCUGAUUCAAUUUCAAAAUCUCUUGACAGCUGAUACCUUUUCGAAUUCUUUGCCUGAAGCGUUCAUCUUAAAGACAAUGGCAAUAUCAUUAAGGAGGCAUUGAUUCCCUUUGUAAAGGCAAUGUUACGUCGGACUAUUCGCAACGACGAUCUUUAGCGCAACACAGCGUUGCAGCAUUGUUGCGACAUUGUUUCUGAUUGUUGCAACAUUGUCGCCAUAAAAAUUGUCGUUGCAAAUCGUCUCAAGUAAUAUCGCCUUAAAGAGCCCUUGAUCACAAUCAGUCUGGUCUAUUAUGAGGGAUUAUCUCAGCGAGAAGAAACUGUAGGCUCCACAGCCUUGAUUUCAUGCAUAUGCUAACUCCUCGCAAACAGGCACCGGCCAUUAAGUUUCGUCUGCCACAAUGUAGUCCUCACUUCAGUUCUGAUUAUCACCCUAAACUGAUUAUCAACUGAUGGGUUUUGAUAUUACUUUUUAAUUAUUUUAAAUACAAUUUAGAGCGCAAAUAUUAGUAUAGGUAAUCAUAGGACUUCGAGUUCAAUUUGGAAUUUAUUUGCAUGAAUGUGUUUUUUAAAAAGUAUCAAAACUCAGUACAUGAGCCCAUAACACGAAUGCAAUUUGAACACACGAAUGCAAAUAAAUUCCAAAUUGAAUGAGAAAAGUUGCAUGAUCACUUUUUAAUAAUAUACAUAAAAAAAUGACUUGCCUGGCUUUGCUUGAAAGCUUUGGACGCCAGUAGAUUGCAGCACUUGAUUGGUUCUUACAGAUUUCUAUUGUCUAUUAGCAAAUCACAGUUUUCCAUUCUCUAAGAAAUUCGCAUUAUAUUCCCUUCUUUUUGUAUUAUUUUUCCUCGUUUUUUGUACUGUGUUUUCAGUUUACUAAAAACUGGACUGCUCUCAACCAAUCAGAUUUAAGAAAUGUUUUCAUGUAUAUUAUUAAAUACAAUACAUUGUCAUUAUCAGCUCCUUGGUCGUUUACAACGAAUGGAGCAGGGCGUUUCGGCAGCAUUCAGACUUUCACAGUGCCAAAAACCACUCGCUAUCGAAUCAGAGCCUGGGGAGCUCGAGGAGGAACGCACUCCACAAACUAUGGAAGUUAUCCCGGAACUUACUACGGUGGAAAAGGUGCAUACAAAGAGGGCACGUUUACCUUGAAUAAAGGAACUGUACUGAAUAUUGUAGUGGGACAAAGAGGGGGCGAUUCAGUGGAGAUAAGAGGAGGACAGUCCACUAACUUGACAGCAGCUCAGCUGGGACUGUCCGUAGAGGACAAUGCUGGAACUGGGGGAGGGGGAGGGAGCUUUGUUUAUACAACAAGUAACGUGCUUUUGUUAGCUGCUGGAGGAGGGGGGGGGUGCAUCUAACGGGUAUAACGGGGUGGAUGGUCAGGCGGGUACUAACGGCACUAGUAGCGUUGGAAAAGAUUCAAGUGAUGUUCGUAGCGGAGGAACUGGAGGGAAUCCUGGUCAGUGUAACAGCGCAUUCGGUGAUUGGCAUGGGGGAGUAGGUGCGGGAUGGUUAGGCCAAGGUUGUUCCAGGGUCUCGUCCGAAAAUGGCGAAAGGGGUGGAUCCCGUGCUCAGGGCUGGGUGGGUGGUCGUGCUGGAAGAAUGAAUAGUGGCUACAACGGAGGGCCUCCCCCUGGGGCCGUAGGAGGGUUUGGCGGUGGUGGAGGGGGAUCUGAAGAUAAUGGUGCAUCAGGAGGAGGUGGUGGUUACUCUGGGGGAGGUAGCGGCACAGAAUCAUACCAAGCAGGAGGGGGAGGGGGCUCUUACUGUAGUGGCUCGAAUUGUUCAGGAGUGAAUGGAGGUAACUCAAAUGACAACGGACUUGUAAAAAUCGUGGAACUGUCUGUCUAAACCGAGAAACUAAGGCCACGUUAAAAAAAAAAUCGUUUCCACUGUCGGUUUAUUACUGGUUAUUAUUAGAGUUUUCUGUAGUAGAAUGUCAACUACUGUUAAUGUAUUAUCGUAAUUCGCGAUCGAAUACAAUGCACGUUAAUCAGCAGAAAUAAUAGUAAUUAUAAUAAUAAUAGUAAUAAUAAUAAUAAUAAUUAUAAUGAUAAUAAUAAUAAUAAUAAUAAUAAUAAUAAUAAUAAUAAUAAUAAUAGAGACAACCACAUUAUCAUGGCCUCGCUUAGGUAUAUAAGAGAUAAUGAGAGUAUAAAGACUGAAUAAUUUUCUAAAUAAGCUUCUAGUAGAGAUAAUUAUAUCAUCAUGUCUUUGCGUAGGUUUUACAGAGUAUAAGAAUUUAAUAAUAUUCUAACUUGGCUUUUUAAGUCGAGAGAUUCUUAUCAUUAUGUAUAUUAGGAUCGUAUUAGGUUUCGUACUGACCUUUUAUUUCUUUUAAGUAUAGCUCCUCAAGUGGUGUAGGUUACGUUAUGCGCCUUAUACUACUCAUAAUGUAGACAGCAAGUUUUAUACUGCGAGAUAAUAAUAAACAAGAUUUAUCCUCGGAGUGGCUAAAACUCUUUGUUAAUUAUUAGUCUGAGAUAUGAAGAAAAGUUCUACUUCACGGACGAUCCAUCUGUACCCUUGUCUUGCACUGCGCAUUGCCUACGUUGCAUACUAUUGCGAUAUCAUAGAUGACUGCAAUUAUCACUGGUCGCCUGGAGGAAGGAAACAAACAUUUUAUUUGUCAUUUGUCUAGUUAAACAUUUUAUCCGCGAUUACAAGAUUAUAACCUCUCUCGGUCAAGGAGGUGUUGGUCUUGAAACUGGUCCCAGUUCCUUCGCGUGUACUUAUCAUUUGGAGCCGAAAUUGCCGGCCUUUGUUGUCUGUUUACCAUGAAAAACGAAACCGUCACGUUUUUACUGGUGACAUUUACUCGUAAUGGGUACACACACCAAAAAAAUGAUUUGAGGAAAUUUUUAUGUUUGUUUUUAAAAAACGGACACAGAGGAGCUAUUCUUAAUGUCAGACGGCACAGUAUUCGAGAGUGUGGGGGGUGCCAAUGUUCUCAAAUUAAAAUAAGGAAAAGAAGGGAGAUUUUUAGACGAUGAACGUAGCUGACGAGAUGGAGUGGUACUGUUGCGGUCUAAUUUUGUUACAUUAUUUGCAAGAUCGGGUAAUCAUGAUUGGGAAAUCUUUUAAAAUAUUAUAGCCCAGAUAAAUUCGAUUGGCGGUGGAAUCGGCGUCUGGCUGUAUUUAGCCGAGGGUAGGGGCGCCGGGGUUCGUACCGUUGUGGCUUAAAUUGUUCAUGCGCGACAGGAGGUAUGAUGAACUUAUACAAAUCAUGAAAUUGUCUGUCUCUACUUGAGUAAUAUAGAACUGUUAAAAUUUCUGAUGACUUUACUUAUUUAAUAUUCAUUUAUUUUAUUUUUCUAGUGUUUAUUUUCUUCUUUAUAAGUAAGUGAAACGCAACGUUUCGUCGAAGUUUUUUUCGUCAUAAAUCUUAAACUUACAUAAAAGAAUUCUGAUUUCAUAAAAAUUGUAUAAAAUGAUACCAAGAAAGCCAGGAUAUUUCAGUUCGAAAGGAUACGAGGUAAUUUACAUACUGACCAAAACAACUUCCAGCGCAAUUCGAAACAGUUCGACUUCGUGCUUGUUUUCUUGCAUUAGAUACAUCCUGCUGGAUUAAAACCUUACAAUAUUUUUUAGAAUCAAAAUAAUUUAGAACUUGAGUUAGAGUGCAGCUCCUGAAAAAGGAGAGUAGCCCAAAAUCACGUCGCGAUGAAGGUAAAUUAUCUUUGCACGUCCCCUAACACUUACAGGUGUAAACCAGAGAGUCAAAGGACGCAAAAUGCGUCGGCGCCCAGUGUGGUGUGAGCCCGCCAAUAGUCAUGGGACCCGCGACUUUACGGCUGACCCUUAUCAGUAGCUUAAGAUUUGUUAGUCUCUUCCAAAAAUAGCGAAAACACUUUCCUUAAUCCAAGUAACUUUUCGCGCCUGUUUACAUGGAGGUGGGGCUUCCCAGGUAGUUGGGGUAACCUGCCUGUCCAUAUAAUCUCUUAUUUUAAUUUGAUCACGUUUACAUGAUAGGUGGAGUUACCCGCCACAUGUUACCUCACCUAUCUGGUGCCCCCACCUCCGUGUAAACAGGCUCUUAAGCUGGGCGCAAUUGUGAUAAUUCGCAUAAACAAGAGCUGCUAAACUUUUAUUGCAUUGGUGACGAUUCCUCAGGGACCCAUUUAGGAAAAUCGCGCCCACUCUUUCUUUUGUUUUCAAGGAUCCAUGACAUGCCCUCAUAGGUGGCGCAAUGGCAUUAAUCCAGAGUCUUAUCUUUUUAAUAGGCUGGAUUCAUUUGCAACAUAGCUGUCGCAUUUGCCUGCUGGAAUUUUUUAUUGUUUUUAAGGUUAAAAACAAAAGACCUUUUUGUGGGCAAAUACGACAGCUAUACGCGUAUGUUGCAAAUGAAUUCACCCAAAAUGUUAGCCGUCUUAUGCUAGAAACAGCAAAGCCGAGUGAUUCCGCCGCGACUUUUUAUUGCAUAAAGGAAAUCUAGACGAAGUGUCGCCGUUGCUGUUAAAGACAAGGUCUCUCAAAGGAGAAAUAAGGUAGUUAAUUGUGAAACGAAAGGAACCGGCCUUGGAGUGUACAGGUUCAAUUCAGAAGGUUUGACUGAAAGCGCAAUGGUUUACCAAGGAAUAAAUACAGCGACAUUCAGGUUUGGAAUUUUAGAAAUGCUCCACGUAAUUUUGAGUAUAGCCCUUUCCGAAUGAGCAGGUUUUUUUCUACAACCGGUGAAGUCAAAAUAUAGCCUUUUUCUUGACUACAUGAUUUAUUUAAACCCUGUUAUUGAGUUGCAGCGUUGUAACAAUGCGAAGUAUCGUUUGAACGUGAAGCAGUUUACCUUGAUAAGUAGGGGGAGGGGGAGCGGUCAUCCAGACCCUUAGAUAAGUAGGGGGGGGGGGGGAGGCGGUCUCCCCAAAAUUUUUUUUUCGGCCCUGAGGGCCUCAGUUUGAUCUAAAAAUAAGGGGGAAGGGAUAUACCCCCCGGGCCCUUUCCCUGGAUCCGCCACUGUGAAAUUAUUCUUAAACAAUUUCAAAUGGCAAGGGGUUACAAAUGUGAGGGAAUUGUGACUUUUUCUCCUUACAUUGCUGAAGAUCCCGUCUCUUCUCUACGUAGCUCUUCAUGAUUGAGGCCCUCCGCCUACGCACAAGCAGUGAAUCCGCUCACCGAAGGUGCAUCUUUUUUUUUUCUUUGUUUAACUGCUCCAGAGAGAAAUAUUCCGAGUCUAAUCAAGUAUGCGGUUUCAGCCUGCUAGGAUUCGUAAGGACAGGACUUGAAUUGGGGCUUGUGCGAUAUAUUCAUGGUUUUCACAUGACGUCACCAAAAUUUAAACUAAAGAAUUAUCGAUUCUUCUGAGUUUCUACUUUCAUGAGGUAUUACAGCAGCUAAACACCUUUAUUUAUAGGAAGGUUCUGCAAAGGGCCCGACCUUUGCCUGGCUCGGAUGACCACAUAAAAUGGCGGUCUCGUCUCCAGUAGGAGACGUAGAACCAAUUAGUACUUUCCUGCUAUAUAUAUUGAGAUUUUAAAAUGUGAGUGUAUAAUUUUUUUCCUUUGAUUGGCAGUGAGAGCUUAUUUGACCCAAAAAUCUAAUACGCUCAGUAAAUCAGUCAAUUAUGAGAUGAGUGAAGAUCCCGAUCCGCAUUAAAGAAUUCAUGGUGCUAUACGAUUACGAACGGAGUACGCGGCAUCUCUUUAUCGCGAAGAAUUUUUCACAACACUCCUGCGCCUCUGUCAAACGCGUCACUGCUUGCUAAGGAAACGCCAGCGCAUGCGUGAUAGGAAACGGCAGUCGGGGGCCGGCAGAGGUCUCUCUUCUUCCUCUCAUUUUUCUCUUGCUGUGACAGUUCUUUGCUAGCAGGAAAAAAAGACAAAACUAUGGUAGCGAGGAAAUAGAAAGCAACAGGUUUAAUAAGCAAAAAAAGAACUCUCAACGUGCAGCACCCUUUUCGUGGAAGAUUUCGUCGCCGUAAUCGAAACGACUGAAGUUGUCAAACUUGAUCGGGAACGGCAAUGCGAUCGUCGCUUUGCGUAAAUUUGAAAAUGUGUGAUCAACGUUUUUACCAUGAUAUAUAAAAAUCAGUUUUAGUUACGUAUAUCAAAACCAUCUAGCGUUUCUGUAAUUGCAAGUUAGUGCAAUAAGAUGAAGUCAUUUCCGGUACACGUAGAAAUCAAAUUAUAUGUUCCGGUUCCCUUUUAUGUAAAUUAUUUAGGGAUGUACCAUUAGAAGAAAAGUUAUGGGGCGGGGGGGACGAAGUGCAAAAAAAAAAUUCGUGCAAUUCCUGCAUUGGCCUUCCACACAUUUUGCACAAAUUUUAAGAAGGCAGGCAGGAAAGCAUACUGUGUGCAAAACAUCGGACCUUUGAAUAAACUUCCUGCUGAAUUUUGGUCUUGUUAAUAAUCAUACCUGAUACAAAAAAAAUAUAUCUGAGGCUUGUAAGCUUAUCAUAAAUUUUAAUAGCUGGCAAUUUCAGAUAUGAUUAUUAAAUAACUUUAAAUAAAUUUAAUUAUACUUUUCUAUGUAUUAUAAAAAAUCAACAUCUUAUAAGGUUAUCAUUUCCUUACUUUGUGUUAUAUAUAUAUCUAAUAUCUGGAACAAAACAUUUCUUUUAAAUACCAUAGAUAACAAUAAUCAGAGUAUUCCCCGCAAAUCGAAAGAAACACCCAGAAUAUAUAUUAUUUCUUGGUACUUCUAACAAGCAACAGAUAAAUAAAAAUAAUAAUAAUAAAAAAAUCUAUUUUCUUAGAUUUUGUUUUUACAGUUGUUGGCGGUCCUUUUAGAUAAAUGAAACCAACUCAAAGAUACAUGUUCUUUUCAGACUAGCAGCCUAAGACUUUUAACAUUGGGUCAAAUUUAUCUAUUUUUACCACACAUUUUUGGACAAUUUUUUUGAUAAUAACAAUAUCAUCAUCAUAAUUGUAUUUUAUAACAAAAACUUUAACGUAUCAAUAUGGUAAGAAUAUAUCAUAAUUUAUCAAUGGUAGGGGUAUAUUGCAGAAUGCAAAACACUGAACGCAGAAUGCAGAACGCAGAACGCCGAAUAAUGGUCAGCAGUAUAUAGCACUGAAAAUAGUGAUUAGGGCUAAGACAUGAUUAUAGUCAUUAGCGUUAAGCACUGACUCGAAGUAUGGUUAGCUUUUAUUUACUGUUAAGGUUGUCACUAUAUACCGUUCUACGUCCUGCGUUCCGCAAAAUACCCCUGCUGAUUUAUCAACAUAGUGGGGGCACUAUAGAGGAGCUGUAACCAUUAAUGGCACCUGGAAUUACUAUGAUGGACUAUGGGAGAGGCACAAUAAAGGCCAGGGACUCAAAAAAUGUGCGGCAAAUGUCCCAUCUACUCCAACUGGCUUUCUCCUGUCCCACUGUGUCUAUAUUGCGUCAGAUAGUGGUUGGACAAAUUAUUUUAUGUAUCCUUUAAGAACGCCACAGUUAAUUCUUUCUAAGACGGACCACUUUGGGGCCGGUACUAAGUGUCCAUCUUAGAGAGAUGUCCGUCUUAUAAAGAGUCAAAUAAAAGGAGUAAAGAAAGGCAGGGACCAACUGUAGGUGUCCGUUUUACAGAGGUGUCCGUCUUAUAGAGGUGUCCGAUAAGAGAGAGUCAACUGUACACUCUUUUAGAAUGCCUUAUUUAUAAUGCUGUUUACGUGUAAAAUUUCAGCAAUGCAAUAUGAACCUGCGCAGUACCAAUGCACUUACAAUACAGGAUACCUUGUGUAUAAAAGGCUAUUGUGAACUGUACCUUAGAAUAUGUAUCAAUUUACUUUCGCAUACGUGCCCAGGUAGCCUAUAUUUAAAUUAUGCCCUUGGUUAAGCGAACAACUGAAUGAUUUAAUAUGUUUUUAGUUUAGUGUUACUUCAAGGAAAAAAAAUAUUCGUGCACAACAUCUUGACAAAAAAAAAAUUCAUUCACGGGAAACAUUAAAGAAAAAAAUUCCUGCGGCUCGAAAAUUCCCCCCCCCCAUAACUUUUCUAAUGGUCCGUCCCUUACCUUUUGUUAUGUGGUCAACAUUAAAGAGAACCAAAUUGGCCAUUAGCAGGCGUCAUAUCCUGUAAACUUUGAAAUUAAGUGUAAUAUCUUCUAGUUCCUGUUUUUGCAAACCAUCAGUAUCUUAUUCAAACGCAGUCGACCACAUUUAUGUGAGGCAUACGAAACGUAUACAGCUAGCUACUAAAAGCGAAGGUGUUAGUAACUAGUCACAGUCAGAAACCAGGUGUUGCUAACUCAUUUGCAACUAAGACACAACACUGGCAAAACGUCUACGACACCCGAUGAACCAGAGAGUAUCUAUCUCGAGCUCCAAGGCAAGACAGGAACUUAUCAAGACUAUGACGAUAUCGUCGGAGAAGCAGCAACACAAGAGAAAGUUGAUGAGAAUCUUUAUCAGAAAUACAUCAAAAGAGAACAAACCCCAUCAGUGUCUGAGAAUGCUGUGCAAGAAGACCUCAGAAAACUCCGGCGAAUGCGGGUCUUUAUGUGUGCUGCUUUAGCCAUGACCCUCCUAAUUGCUGCUGCCACAUUAGUAUUUGUCAUCAUGAUGAAGUGGUCUCGAAACAAAGAUUUAAAUGCAUCAAAAAGCAUGGUGCAAGGUAAGAGUCAGUGAACAAUUUAUACCUUAAACUUAUUAGAGAUUUACAUGAAAUAAGAGCCCUCCACGAGCUAUCCCUGAAAAUAGUGUAUUAAGUUUUAAACUUUCGUUAUUAGUUAUAAACGCAGCAGGGUUUUUUAAACUUUAUAAUAGUUAUUAUAUAAUGGCCAUAAAAAUUAUCUUCAAUUCUUCGUUAAUAGAGAGCGGGAAACAAAACUAACUGUUUCCCUCAGGAUCUGACAUUAAGUGUAUAUUAUAGCUGAUUAUUAAAUCCUAUAUUAGAAUCUGGUCCUUCUUUUCUGUAACGUUGGUCCUUGCUUCCAAAAUUGAAUUUGACGACUACAAAGCGCGGAUACUUUUCUUCGUGAAUUUAUAUAUACUUCACCAAACAUAUUCUUAUAAGUUUGUCUUCAAUCCUGGCACAGUCACCCACAGAGCAAAUUGAAGGGCCAGUGGUGGAUUUUUCAUAUAAAGACAACAGAUGACUUGUCGUGGAUAAAUCGCGUGAAUAUAAUGUCAAGCACCCAUGACACAUCGGUGACACAUACGUGACGAGUAAUAGUGAUGGUCAGAUAAGUUCUACGCAAAAAUUUUACCCAGAUAAGAACUGCCGUACUGAUAGAGCAUAAAAUGACACUAGAGCCUCGUAGUAUAAACAAACUAAACUUUACUUCUUCCCAAGCCAAUCAUUUUCCGGCUGUUUUCUUUAUAUUUUAAAUCAAGUGAUCAGCCAUCUUUAUGCAUUUUUCUCGAUUCAGUUUGACACGAUAGCCUUUCAAUCGUUAUCCGCACUAUCCAAAUUUGCGCAGUACAAGUGAAUAUAUAUUAGCCGGUUAAAGUGGACGGAAGGUAUUUUAAAUUUACCUUCAAAAACUCGUUUAUUUAAUAAUUCAUAAAGAAAAUAAAAACAAAAUAAAUUAAUGUACGUCCAAUUUUUAGACCAAAAUGACCCCGAAUCUGAAAUUAGUGCAAGGAGAGAGAUUUUGAAGCCGUUCAAAAAACUUGCAGUCCUGUAUUAUCAGGUUUAAAAAUUAUCGGCUUCGCCUCGAGUUUUUAAACUUGAUAAUACACUUCUGCUCGUUUUUGAAACAGUACUUAACCGUUUAGCGAUGUUCAUCAGAUUUAGCCACUUUUCCAAACAUUCAGCUGGAAAUAAUUUUCAAGAUGGAUUUUAGGAAAAGUGGCUUAAUCUGAUGAUCAUUAGCUUGAUAUGAUCAGUGAAUAACAGUGACUUUCCACUAUGUUAAUUUUUGCUCGACUAAGUUAAGCUUGCCAAUUUUACUUUACCACAUCUUAUCUUUACACUUUUAUCAAUGAAUUAUUACCUUACAUUUCAUUUAGCAUUGACUUUUUUGUUGGCAUUUAAUUCAGUUGUAUAGGAAAUUCUUCUAUAAACCGGCAAAUCAACUUAUUUAAACACCACAAUGAUGGAUAUUGCAGCGGACCCCUACUUUAAAUAAAACCUUUCAUAAGCCACUUGCGUAUCACUAACUAAGCAUAACAAAUUGGAAUCCCGCGUAAAAUCCGUAUAACUGAAUCGCAUUAUCGCUCUAGAAUAAGGAACUUAAGGGAAAAAAAAAAACAAAAAAACUACUGGAGAAAAUUUUAGCCAGGAGGCCAUUGUAGUCUUCAAAUCUUCAUGUUCUUUUUUAUUUGUUGUUUUACUUUGUCCGUUUGUAUGUUUUAAUCGCGAUAUCCUCGUGCUAAAAUAUUGUCUUAUUACGUUUCUUUUAGCAGACAUACUAAUAUCUUAUUUUAAAAGCUAUUUAUAAGGCAUGUGCUGAUAAAAUGCGUUGGACCAUGAAAGAAGUGCUUAAAAUUUGCUCCUAGUUUUGGAAGCGUUCAGCCGUUUGAACGUGAGUUAAAUUAAAUAACUCUCUGGGCUGACCACCAUGUAUGCGACACCAACAGGGCCAGAGAAAGUCUACCUCGAACUGGAACCCAAAACAAGAAUGAAAGUCGAUCAAGUAUAUGAAAACGUCGUCGAGGACGAGUCUGCGACUGAUGUAGCAGUACAAAGAGUUAAUAUUGGAAAUACGAAUCAAGAUGGCAGCAACAGAAGACAAGCGCCACCAAAGACGUUGACACCAACAGGGCCAGAGAAAGUCUACCUCGAGCUGCAACCCAAAACAAGAAUUAAAGUCGAUGAAGUAUAUGAAAACGUCGUCGAGAACGAGUCUGCGACUGAUGUAGCAGUACAAAGAGUUAAUAUUGGACAUACCAAUCAAGAUGGCAGAAACAGAAGACAAGCGCCACCAAAGAAGUUGAAUGCUUUGCGAAAAGAUAUCCGGAAAAUCCAACGAAUGCAGCUCCUGAUCGUUGUCGCUGUGGUCAUAACUUUCCUGACGGCGGUAGUCACUUUCGUUUUCAUAAUCACGAUAAAGUGGCCUCGAAACACUCCAGCUGUUUCAAAACAAGGAGCAGAAGAAGGAACUAUACAAGGUAGGAUGGGAAGCGAGUCUUGUACCUAAAUGAGGAUGCGUGAGAUAUAGUUCGAGGUAAUUUGCAAGAUAGUAAAAUGGUUAGUGGCAUGGAAAUCCGAGACUUUUGAGGGACAAAUUAAAGCUAACCAUAUGAGACAGACCGGACAAAAAUUUUCAGAUACUGCAAUUGUCUUUAUAUCUGGGUGUGGUCUUAUAUGAUAAUUGGUGGUUGUAUGAAUGAAGGAAAGUUAUGUUGACGCAAGGAGUACCACAUAGAGCAAUUUCUACCUGAAUCUGCUAACACAGAGAGUUAAUCAAAACAUCCAACUUUAAAGGUGAGCCCUUUUUUUAUUUUUGUGUAGUUAUCGAAACCUUUGAGGAUGGUACGGCAUAUUUUAUAACAUUGCACACCUUUUGUACUCUGUGGUAUCACAGUUUCUACAGAUUCACAGUGUAUUUAACUGUCGCCUAAAACCAACCAGACUAGAUGCUUACUAUUAAAACACUUUGCUAAGUUUCAGUCCACCUCGCAGAAAAUGACCACGUAAUUGAGUUAUUUAUAGACUGCUUAAAGCACGACUGUACAGUGGUGAAGUGAAUUCAAGAAGCUUUUGGACAGUUUACCACCCAGCAAGCGCGUAGAUCUAUCAACCACUGAUGAAAAAAAUGAAAAAGCAAUGGAAACACUUUAUAUUGUCUUUUCUGUUAACGUUCCGCCUUCAACAAAGUGUAGUUGAGGAUAUUUCAACGGUUCACCAUUAUGAACCGUAUUCUUAAAAAGUAAACAGAACAGUUUGUAAACGAACGGUUCACCGUGGUUCACCGUUGAGAAGUUGUCCAUUGAAAAUUUUUAAACAUACUUCCCAGGGUUUUUUCUCGGCUGUAGGUGGAGUCCACAAAAGAAACCGACAAAAUUGUGAAAUUGGCCGAGCUGUCAUUAAUUUAAGCACAGACGGAAACCAGACUCCCUUUGUUUGUCACGCACUCUGAAACGACUAAAAUUUCAAUAGUCGUGCGCCAUCGCAUUCCACGCAUUCCCCAGUACUCUUUUUUGAUAUAGACUUUGGCCGACUCCUUUAUUUCAACUCAGAAGCUACUGAGAUUUUUAUAUGACAAGAAAACUUCUCUAUGAGCUAAAAAUUCCACCAUGGUAGAUUUACAUAUAAAAGUAUAUAUAACACACUUGCUUCUGAUCAUUUGCGAAAUGAUAAUAAUAAUAAUAAUAAUUUUAUUUAUAUAGCGCUAAAAUCCAAUAAUUGUCCAAAGCGCUACCUAAUUGCAAAAUAAAAUAUAAAAAAUAUAAAAUAUAAAAUAUCUACAAUAUACAAUAUAAUUCAAAUAUAGCCUAAGUUAUCUACUAUAUAAAUCAAAAACAUCUCAAAACAAAAGGAAUCUCAUAACCUAUAUGCUAACUUAAAUAAAAAAGUUUUAAGGGAUUGCUUAAAAGUUGCCACUGAAGCACAUUUCCUAAUCUCUAGAGGUAAAUCGUUCCACAAUUUAGGUCCUGCAAUAGAGAAAGCUCUGUCUCCAUAUGUCUUCAAUCUGCUUCUUGGAACCACUAAGUAUUCUUUACAUGAAGAACGCAAUGACCUAGAGUAUGUUUUAAAAUUCAAAAGGUCAGAAAUAUAAGAAGGUGCAAGGCCAUGAAGGGCCUUGUAUACCAAUAAAAGGACUUUAAAAGUUAUUCUAAACUCAACUGGUAACCAGUGAAGAUUAAUUAAAAUAGGAGUUAUAUGAACAUGCCUCGGUGUCAAUGUGACAACACGAGCUGCAGCAUUCUGAACUGCCUGUAGUCUCGCUAACAGAUACUUAGGAAGGCCAUGUAAUAAGGAAUUACAGUGAUCAAGUUUCGAACUGAUAAAUGCAUGGACUAAGAUUUUACAUGUAUCUUGGCUUAAGUACUUGCGGAUUUUAGCAAUAUUUCUCAAAUGAUAGAAUGAUGAUUUACAAAUGUUCUUAAUGUGCUCCUCAAAACUAAAUAUGCUAUCAAACUGAACCCCUAAAUUACGAACAGAGUCACGAGGUGCAAUGCACUCAGAACCAACAGUAAUGUGACCGAUGUCAGGCAUAGGAUGGAAUCUAGAACUGAUGACUACAAGGUCCGUUUUGUCUUGGUUUAGUUUAAGAUAGUUUCUUAUCAUCCAUUCAUCAAUGUCCCUCACACAGCAUUCCACUCUCAACUUCACUUGUUGGAUGUCAUUCAAGCUGGUAGAUUUAAAGGUAAUAUAUAAUUGGGUGUCGUCAGCAUAUAGAUGGUAUGAUAGUCCAUGAUCAUUUAUUAUGUCCGCAAUAGGUGAUGUGUAUAACAAAUACAACAAAGGGCCCAGAACUGAUCCCUGAGGGACACCACACUUCAAUGCACGUUGUGAAGAAUGACUAUUCCCAACUUUAACAAACAGCUUACGUGAAGACAGGUAUGAUUUCAGCCACUUAAGCACAGUUCCUUGAAAACCAAAACAAGUAGACAGCCUUGUCACUAGAAGAGUAUGGUCCACCGUAUCAAACGCCGCCGAUAGAUCCAAAAGUACCAGUAUGACCGACUCAUUACGAUCUAAAGCACAAAGAAUGUCAUUUUGAACCCUCAGUAGAGCCGUUUCAGUGGAGUGAAAUGACUUGUAUGCGGAUUGAAACGUUUCCGAAAGACCAUUAGAUGUAAUAUAGUCUGUAAGCUGGACACAUACCGCUUUUUCCACAAGCUUGGACACAAACUUCAAAUUAGAAAUGGGUCGAAAACUUUCAUAUUUAGUGAAAUCAGCAUUAUGUUUCUUUAAAGUCGGUGUCACAGCUGCAAUCUUCAAGACAUCAGGCAUAACUCCAGUAGAUAAAGAUGUAUUCACUAUGUUAGUCAACACAGGAGUUAGUAAAUUGAAACAUUCCUUCAUUACCACUGCAGGCAGAGGAUCAAGUACACAGGAUUUAUUAAUAGAUCUCAAUGCAAGUCCCUUGAUGUCUUCGUAACUGACAUUAAUAAAGUAUAUCUGAUAGCUGAGCCUGUAGUGUUUUAGAGACGAUAAUUACAGUAAAUUGUACCGCUUGUAAUUUUUCGCAACUUUGAAACUCUGCUGCACGAUAUACUUCUUUCCCAAUACAAUUUUAAUUUGUGAUUUCUCAAGUCUAAACUCAUGUUACAUCUCUCAACGUCCACUUUUAAAAUCGUCCGUUUUCAGAGAUUGCACCUUUCACUACAGCAAAGACAAUCCCGGUCAUAAUAAAUUGUUGAAACUCUUGCGAGCUUUUCCUUCCCUUUCCUUUCAAUGUUGAUUUGGAAGACGUUUUUGCCCAAACAAACGCGUGAAACCAACAUUGAGAGAAGGGGAGGGAAGUAAUAAGUGUAUUUAUGAACGACUAAGUUUAUGCUGUGUUUUCCGGAAGUGUUUCAACAAAUUAUGACCGGGAUUGUGGCGUUUUUGAAGGUACAAUUCGUCGCCACUAGUUUGUGACCAAGCUAACCCCUCUACAAAUUAAGAAUAUGCAUGUACAGUAACUACCUACAAAUAUGACUGACUUUGUCUUCAUUAACGUUUGGAGCACUUUUUGAAAUAAAAAUGUAUGCGGAGAUGAUCUCAGAAUAAUUAUGCAAUUUUCUUAUUAACACCUGGAAAGAAUGCAAGUUCGGCAGUUUAUUCUUGGCAUGCAUGGUCUUUAAAUCUUUCCUCUUGAACCCGGCUGUUCCUAGGAUCAUAUAUCUCGUGAGACUUAAUGUAGAAAAAUUAACUCAAUUAAAUCAAUAUGCAAUAUCUUUUUGCAGGGGUAUGAUAGAGAGGCAUUUGUACUCUUAAUGAAUUAUUGUUUUUCGAUUUUGCAAGUCUAAUUUUUGUUAAGGCUGUUCAACACCCCAUGUUAAAGUUAUGAUUCAAGACUCUUUGUAUGAUACUAUUCUUAGGUUAUGUUGUCAAAUUCUGGACCAUGUAAGAACAGUAUGGAUGGGAUAAUUAUUUUGUCUUUUGUCGGCGUUUACAAGCCUUAAAAUUGCAACAGUUUGGUUUUCAAGUGAGCAAUCAAUGAUUCCAGUAAAUUAGCAUAAUCUGCGGAACUGAACUGCUGCAGAAUAAUAGGCCAUUUCCGGGUUGCCUGAAACCUUUGUGUCAUUUAAUGCAAGGAUAUGAUAUUAAAAUUAUUGAUAUUAAAAUUAGUUUUUAUUCUCAUGCAAAUAAAACUCAUUUUCAGAAGAAAGAUUUUGCACCUAGGAACUCGGAACAGGCCUUCAUCAUUAUCAAUUAAAACAGAAAAAAAAAAACUGUUUGCCAUCAUCAUCUUCAUUAUUUAUUAUUUCAUCUACCUUUUAUUACUAUUAUUAUUAUUGCUAUUAUUAUUAUUAUUACAGUAUUACUUUUCGGUCACAUUUUUUGAACCUUUCAGAAACGUUUACGGCAUAAACACAAGAAGUUAGCUUUUCAAUAUUAAAAAAAACAUUCUACGCAAAACGAACGCUUUGAAAGUGUCAAUUUUUUGUGAAGUAAAAAAAAUUAAAAGAAAAUGUUUUAUGAGAGAAUUAUUAUUUUAUAGAAAAUUUACAUAAUGAGACAAAAUUGAAAAUUCCAUGAAAAUUCCAUUUUACAAAUCCUCAUCAUGUAAACUGAAAUUUACAAAACACGAAAAUUGCGAUUUACAUAUUGUAAGCAUAAAUUUGCAUGUGCCUGUAAAUUUUCAACUUUUCCAGUACUGGGCUUUAAAGAGAAAAACGUGACUAUCGUGUAUAAUUUGAGGUAACGUACGCGGGGGGAUAGGGUUAGAAGAGUAUAACGAGCUUUAUCAUGAUAAGCUGUGAGUAACUGAUUGUGUGAUACAUUUCAGAGUAGAAAUCUUUUUUUUUUAACCAACUUCGAAAUUGUAACUUAUUGCUUUCAUACCAUCACUACCAUCUCUACCUUCUGUAGGGGCGAGACCUCUAUUGCAUUCACCUGAGCUAAAAUUCUAAAGCAGUUAACGAACAAUGAAGUUGAGUGAAAAGAAGUGAAAUGUGAAUUUGCUGCCGGCGCGGGAUAGUAUGUGUCCGUGCAUGUUUAUAUGCUUUGUCUUUUUUUCUUUUAUUUCAGAGUUAAAUGUUGAAGACUGUGCAACAAACCCUCAGUUGUGUAACAGAAAUGCUGUUUGUAAAACUAUGGAGGGGUCCAACAUCUGCAUCUGCAAUCACGGAUACGCUGGAAAUGGAAAAAUAUGCACUGGUAAUCAUUAUAACAUUACUAACAUCCCUAUUAGGGUCGUACUGAGUAAUUAAUGUGCUAUACAGUUCACUUAUAUUCUGUUGUGUGUGGGACAGACUGUUUUUCCAUCUGUCUGACCACACCCACCUGUCUGCAUAUUCGUCUUUCAUAUUCGUCUAUCGGUUGAUCUAUGUCGGCUUGGUUUAUUUCCUUAUGGGUGUGUUUAUUUUAAUGAUCUUUUAGACAAUUGAGGUUUUUAUCUAAAUAUACAGUCUAACUAAAGUAUUCAAGUUGUGAAAGCAACUACCUAACGUCAGUGUAUUUUUAUUCUGUUAUUGUUUAGACGUUGACGAGUGUACAAGUAAUACCCAUUCAUGCGCCAUCCACGCAGAGUGUGAAAAUACCAUCGGAUCACACAUUUGUACUUGCAGACCUGGAUAUACCGGAAAUGGAAAAACAUGCGCUGGUGAAUAUCGAAUCAAAUGUAGUAAAGAAUGAAAUUUCUGCGAAAGCAGGACUUUUGCUUUAGCAAAAGUUAUCCUUUGUGAACCACACUUCCUGCCUGCUCAAACUAAUAGGGGUUAAUAGCAAUUCAUUCCUUCAAGCAAAAAUAAAAGAGGCCUGUGAAGCAAAAAGUUAACAUUCAACUUCCCCCAGUUUAACAUUACGACAGGUUUCAAUUAAUACAAUUUCCACUUCCCCCCAAAACCCCCCGACUUAUUCUAGUGUAAAUACUAGACUGAUAAGGAUCGUCCAACCCUUUCGAGAGUGUUUGAAGUGGUUCUGAAUUUAUUCCUCUCAACCUCGGGGCCAACGUGAAUUUUGAUAAUCCGUAACUGUCUUGUUGGUUGUGUUUAGUUUAUCAUCAUCCUCAUCCUCAUCCUCUUUAUUAUUAUAUUAUUAUUAUAAAUGCAUAAGUUAAUGAAUAUACUGUAUUAAAUGCUUAUGUGGUUAUCGAAACAACGAUUCACUAAAACGUAUUUAUUUUGGGCCAGAUAUUGAUGAGUGUGAAACAAGCAUCUACUCAUGUGAUACGAAUGCGAUGUGUCACAAUAACAUGGGAUCAUACAACUGCACCUGCAGUCCUGGGUACUUUGGAAAUGGUCAAGCGUGUCUCGGUAAUUGUCAGAUUCUUACUCAUUGGGUGGUACUA